UUCUUAACGCCAAUCUCCCCUCUCCAAGAAACAGUUUCAUCCAACGCCUAUGGCCACUCCUCUUCUCCAAAAUCCCUCGCUGUUUAUCAACUCCGUUACUCUAUCACCCCAAUUCGUUCCAGAAGCUUCUUCAUCCUUCAGCUAAGAAGAAAAAAGUGUAAAAGAUGGGAGACGCUAUUGAUUUGUCUGGUGAUGGAGGAGUCAUCAAAACCAUUUUGAGGAAAAGCAAGUCAGAUGCUGUGGCUCCAACUGAAGAUUUUCCUGUUGUUGAUGUACACUAUGAAGGCACACUCGCUGAUACCGGCGAAGUCUUUGACACUACACAUGAAGACAACACUAUAUUCUCCUUUGAACUUGGAAAGGGUAGUGUUAUCAAGGCUUGGGACAUUGCAGUCAAAACCAUGAAGGUUGGAGAAGUUGCAAAAAUAACAUGCAAGCCAGAUUAUGCAUAUGGUAGCGCAGGAUCUCCGCCAGAUAUCCCUCCAGAUGCAACACUUGUUUUUGAAGUUGAGCUAGUUGCGUGUAGGCCACGGAAGGGCUCAACUACUGGAAGUGUUUCAGAGGAGAGGGCUAGGCUAGAGGAGCUGAAAAAGCAGAGAGAGAUUGCUGCUGCUGCAAAAGAGGAGGAUAAGAAGAAGAGAGAAGAACAAAAAGCGGCAGCUGCAGCUCGUGUGCAAGCCAAGCUUGAAGCCAAGAAAGGUCAAGGAAAGGGUAAAGGGAAAGGAAAGUAGGGAGUUCAAGUAUCUGCAAAAAUUGAUGUGUGAAAAUAAUCAAAUAGCUUUGAACAAAAUUCCGUGUCCAUUCUAAAUAAUUGUUGGCAUGAAUAUCAGAAGUUGGAUAGCUUGCUAUGGAAUUAAUAGGCAAUAUCAUGCUAUGGAAUUAAUAGGCAAUAUCAUGUUUUUUCA